AUGAUUAAGGUCACCGUACUGUACCCUAACGAUGAGGGCAAAUCGUUCAAUUUCGAUUACUGGACGGGCCCGCAUAUGGAAACUGUCCACCGUCUCCUGGACUCCAUGGGCCUGCAACGCAGUGAACUGGAGAAAGGGGUCUCGGCUGCGGACCCGAACGCCCCGGCCCCAUUUGUCGCCAUGGCCACAAUGUAUUUCAACACCGAGGACGAAGUGCACGAGGGUUUCAAGACCCACGGCCGGGAAAUACUUGGCGACAUCAAGAACUACACCGACAUCUCGCCACAGUUCCAGAUCAGCGAGGUGCUGUAA